AACAGAUUCUUGUUUUCAGUCUGAUUGGGAUGUGAAACUCUUCCUGAAGCCUCUCAACCAGUUCCGGUAGGCUGGGUCUCUGCCUCUUCGCUCUCUUCUUCCUCCAGCCAGGCCCCUCCCCACAGUUCUCUCUGGUCACUUGCUCAGUUCUGCUGGGACCUGGAGGAGGAAGGCAGGGGCCAAAAGAGGGAGUUGGUCCCCCUUAGGGGCCCUGGGGCCCUGGGGUCAGCAUUUUGAAACUCUGAAGUAGGAAACUUUGAUUCCCAUGGCAAACCCUGUUCCUGUUCAGAGGAGCCACCUCCAAGGUCCCAUCCUCAGGCUGCGCUACAUGGUGAAGCAGUUGGAGAACGGGGAGGUGAACAUUGAGGAGCUGAAAAAGAACCUGGAGUAUACAGCCUCCCUGUUGGAGGCUGUCUACAUCGAUGAGACACGGCAAAUCUUGGACACGGAGGACGAGCUGCAGGAACUGCGGUCAGAUGCUGUGCCUUCGGAGGUGCGGGACUGGCUGGCCUCCACCUUCACCCAGCAGGCCAGGGCCAAAGGUCGCCGCGCAGAGGAGAAGCCCAAGUUCCGAAGCAUUGUGCAUGCCGUGCAGGCUGGCAUCUUCGUGGAGCGGAUGUUCCGGAGGACGUACACCUCUGUGGGCCCCACCUAUUCCACGGCGGUCCUCAACUGUCUCAAGAACCUGGACCUCUGGUGCUUUGAUGUCUUUUCCUUGAACCGGGCCGCAGAUGACCAUGCCCUGAGGACCAUUGUUUUUGAGUUGCUGACUCGGCAUAGCCUCAUCAGCCGCUUCAAGAUCCCCACUGUGUUUCUGAUGUCUUUCCUGGAAGCCCUGGAGACGGGCUAUGGGAAGUAUAAGAACCCGUACCACAACCAGAUCCACGCGGCCGACGUCACCCAGACGGUCCACUGCUUCCUGCUCCGCACAGGGAUGGUGCACUGCCUGUCGGAGAUCGAGGUCUUGGCCAUCAUCUUUGCCGCCGCCAUCCACGACUAUGAGCACACGGGCACUACCAACAGCUUCCACAUCCAAACCAAAUCAGAAUGCGCCAUCCUAUACAACGACCGCUCAGUGCUGGAGAAUCACCAUAUCAGCUCUGUUUUCCGGAUGAUGCAGGACGAUGAGAUGAACAUUUUCAUCAACCUCACCAAGGACGAGUUUGUAGAGCUGAGGGCCCUGGUCAUUGAAAUGGUAUUGGCCACAGACAUGUCCUGUCAUUUCCAGCAAGUGAAGACCAUGAAGACGGCCUUGCAGCAGCUGGAAAGGAUUGACAAGCCCAAGGCCCUGUCUCUGCUGCUCCAUGCUGCUGACAUCAGUCACCCGACCAAGCAGUGGUCGGUCCACAGCCGCUGGACCAAGGCCCUCAUGGAGGAGUUCUUCCGCCAGGGUGACAAGGAGGCAGAGCUGGGCCUGCCCUUUUCUCCACUCUGUGACCGCACGUCCACUCUGGUGGCGCAGUCCCAGAUUGGUUUCAUCGACUUCAUUGUGGAGCCCACGUUCUCCGUGCUGACUGAUGUGGCAGAGAAGAGCGUCCAGCCCCUGACGGAUGAGGACUCCAAGUCUAAGAACCAGCCCAGCUUCCAGUGGCGCCAGCCCUCCCUGGAUGUGGAAGUGGGCGACCCCAAUCCUGACGUGGUUAGCUUCCGCUCCACCUGGACCAAGUACAUUCAGGAGAACAAGCAGAAGUGGAAGGAACGGGCAGCAAGUGGGAUCACCAACCAGAUGUCCAUCGACGAACUGUCCCCCUGUGAGGAAGAGGCCCCACCCUCCCCUGCCGAAGAUGAACACAACCAGAAUGGGAAUCUGGACUAGCCAUGGGGCCGGCCCGGUCCUCAUUGAUUCAAUGUCCGAUGUCAUCAGCACCAUCCAUCAGGACUGGCUCCCCCAUCUGCUCCAAGGGAGCGUGGAGGUCAUGGAAGAGACCACCCACCCGAAGGCCAAAUGCCAGAGAUUUGGGGUUGGGGAAGGGCCCCUCCCCACCCGACACCCAUUGGGGUGCAUUUUAAUGUCCCAGCAGCAAGACUGGGGAGCUUCAGGCUCCUAAUAGUCACUGUGCCCGUCCCCCAGCCUCUGGACUCCCCCCUGUGGCCAGAUGGCUGCCUGGGAGGGGGUGGGCUUCCCAGAGCCUGGGGGGAGGGUCGGAGAUGCCAGCCCCCUUGGCCCUCCCCCAUCCUUCUUGCCUCCAAGUUUCUAAGCAAUACAUUUUGGGGGUUCCCUCAGCCCCCCACCCCAGAUCUUAGCUGGCAGGUCUGGGUCCCCCUUUUCCUCCCCUGGGAAGGGCUGGAAUAGGAUGGAAAGUUGGGGGUCUUCAGAGCCCUAUGUGCGGGAGAGGAGUGGGUUCCUUCAGGGCCUGGUAUCUUUCUGGAACCUUUAUAGGACCCGGGAGUGGGGUGGGCAGGACAGCCUCAUCACCCCAGACUUGCACUCUUCCGCUCCUCCCCAGCCUGACCCUUGCAACCUCCCUCUCCGGUUCUGAGACAGUGGCUGGGGAAAAAAAGAAGAGCCAUUGGGACCAGGGGCUGAGGGGAGGCCUUUCCUGGGACCCUCAGGAACUUGGUACUGGUCUGGGCCCUGGGGCCUGUCACCUGCCCUGGCUGAGCUCCGAGCCUUUGCCUCCUCUCCUCUCCUGGGGCUGGGAGGUCUCAUCCGACCAAUGUCUGUAAAGUGCUUUGAGGUCUCCCCAGCAAAGCACCUGCAGGAGAGACCAGCUGGGUCAGGGUCAAGGGUGCGGGGGGAGGGUGAGGUAGAACCCAGUAAUCCUGUGUUGUCGACAGAGGGUCCGUCCCCUCCCUCCAUCUCCCAGGACUGGCCCAGAGGUAGGCACCAAGAGGCUCCUCCCUUGGGGCGGUGGGAAGUGUAAUGGGUGAGAGGCAGGUGGAGGAGGGGCUCAGGGCUGCUGCUGCCAUGUCCUCUGGCGAGAGCCCAGCUCAGCCCAGCCCAGUGCUCCGUCCCCUCCUCAGGCUCCUCUUCCCCACCCCCUGCCGUGCCCCAGGAAAGGCUAGAGUCCAGGUGACUGCCCUUGUCCUUCCUUGUAAAUACCAACCAUACAUUUGUACAGUGGGCCCUGUUCGUGUGAAAUCCAUACCCAUGGUCCCUUAGACCGGCCACCCUGACACUUCCUCCCACCCCACUGUGAGUGGGGCAGAGACGCAUGUGACUCACCCCUGCCCUUGGUCUCCCAGACCCCUGCUAUAGCCAGAGAUCAAUAAAGACAGGAGACUGGG